AUGGUGGCCGGUGCUUCGGUACACCGUGGUACGCCUACCUCGAGUGUUGCUCCGACGCAGAAUACCGCGCCUGUCCACGAAUUCCGUUGUCUGUAUACUCGUGACCUACUCAAGAAGGCGAAGAAGUGGCACGAUGGCUCCCUGCGCUUCCACACCUUCAAUCGACGCGUCAUGGUCUACGAUGACGCGAAGAAUUAUAUCGGCGACCUUCAUUAUAGGCAAGAGGAGGAAUUUGAUGAAGGGGUAGAGAUAGAACUAGACCGAGGCGUCAAGGUGGAAGUUGGUGAGCGUAUGGGAGAAACUGAGACCGACCUGGCUCCGAUCCUCGAAAGGCAGCGACCAGAGAAGGCCACACCACGAAAAGGACCAGCAGGAGGAUCCGGUGGUUUUCUGGCUUCGACAAUCCAUUCUCAGAGGCCCAAGUCAUUGCUUGAGGUCCUCGGACCUUCGCAAGGACGUCUUCGUCAUUCAAGGUUGCCAUUGCAAUCGCCAUACGAGCAAAGACAGGCUGCUUCCCGCCCUGAGCGGAACGAGCCUCACCUGAAAAAACGCAGACUAUCCAAUGAUAAAGAGAAUCUCCUUGAUGAGACCGUUCGACUCGUCAGGCCCAGCAGGCCUUGCUUACCUCAGCCCAUUUGCCACAGCAAGCCUGACACAUCACCACUUGUACGGAAGCCUCCGACAAAGUCACGGCCAGUGGUCGAAAUUUCAUCAGACGAGGACAGCAAUCAUGAUCGAAGAACUCAGCCAAGGACCAGUAUCGUUUCCUCCUACGAACCCUCGAGAGCUGUGGGAAGAUCUCAGGGAGUGUCCAAGUCUGUAUCAGCUUUGCGAGAAACAGAGAUCCGCGAAACGAAUGUCGUCAAAACUCAAGCAAUGGGACAAAUUCGGCGAGACAUUAGAAGACCGCAGAUACCCAAGUCCACAUCAUCUAGACCCAGGUUCUCCAUCCAACGUAAGGCACGUUUGCUCUUGGGUCGACCGAGACCGAAAUCAACGUUGACGGUCUUGCAACCUUUCGAGAAAGCUGCUUCAAGGCUGGGUGUCGGCACCCCAGUUGUGACAGUGUCGCCUCGUGAAGAAGCAUGCAGUCCCAUUCCUCCGGCGCCCUCACCAGAUGCCCAAAGGAACACUGUUUCUCCUCGCGUCGACGCAGGAUCUUGUGGGCGACUCAACAACAUAUCCGGUGUGCGCCAAUUUACUGGAAACGUCACCGGACCGGAAACGAUCGACUCAAGCCCCCUCUUCCUGCCCGAGGAUGAAAAUAGGGCACCUAGGUCGCCCACACCACCACCGCUGCCAACCCAAGAAGAGUUUCCCUUCCUGACAAUGUCCAUCAGCGAGUUAGCACCUCACGAGCCUUUGGAACAUAACAAUCCAAGUUUUGUUCGACAGAGUGCCUAUGCUGAAGAAGAGUUUCAAAAUGCACCUGAACUGGACACAGUUGACCUAUCCUCCCCCGAUUCUCCCAUAGCUCAAGAGUUCGAGGAACCCCUAGUACCUUUUGUCAUUACAACGGGUCCAACUCUACAGCCAAGUGCACGACAAUUCCGCCGAGUCUUUUCUGAGAACGAUGCUGUCACGGAGGAUGAUGACGCUCAAACACAUGCAGGUCAAGGUAAUCUGGAAUUGCGAAGCCCGCUGAAGAUCCUGAACGCCUGGUCGACGAGACAAAGUCCUGUGAAAUCCAAGAGUCCUCCAAAAUUCCAGCGUUGUGUAUCCGACACUCCCGCGUUGAAGGAUCCGAUCGAAGACUUUUCUGGCGAAGGUCACGGACAGGAUCAAGAAGGGCAGACUGGACCUUGGACGUCUGACGAAGCUUUUCUGUUGUUUGAUUGGUGGCCACCUGGGAUUGAGAAGCCAGAGUACUGGGCGGCGACUGUCGAGAAGCCUUGCGCUCCAUCGGCUGUGGUGGCAGGUGACGUUAUGUCAGGCUACCCGACCAUAAUUACCACGGCAAGACAGUUCCUGCGUGACGAUGUUAAUGCGCUAUGA